AUGCCGAACGAUCAAACAAAAAUAAUUAUGGCUUAUAUGUCAAAAGAUAUGGAGAGUAAUGCUACUACUUGGUUUGAAGAAGCUCGUACAACUUAUACAACAUUUAAAGAUAUGGCUGAUUAUUUAAAACAAAAAUUUGAUCAUAUCUAUGGACGUAAUUGGCAAUGUAUCAUUGGACGGGAUUUUGAAAGUUCAAUUACACAUUUGGAUAAUAAUCUCAUUUAUUUUCGUUCAAAAGAUUUAGAAAUUCUAUUGUUUAAAACAGCUUAUUAA